AUGACUUUGAUGAAGAUCAAGUUUACCUUCCAGAAGAGGGUACGCUUGGCCCAGGGUCUAUGGCUGCUCUCCUGGGCGGCCAUGUUCUCGGGGGUGGUCGUCUUCUCCAUGGGGGUGUUCCUGAAGACAGAACUCCUCCGCAGAUCUGAGGUGAUGCACACUGAUGACAUCCAUGUGGUGCCCAACCUGCUGAUGUUAGUGGGACUGGCAUCAGUGGGCAUUAACCUGUGCGCGGGCCGAAUCUGUCAGGACUCCAUGGAUGUGGCCCGCUUUGCCCGUUGGAAGACCUUCCUCACUCCUUUCUUUAUCGGGUCUCUGCUGUUCACCACCAUGUUGCUGGUGACCAUGAUAUUGAGCUAUGCCUUACAGUCCAGCCUGGAGGAGUCCCUGAAGAUAGGACUGAAGAAUGGCAUCCGCUUCUACAAGGACACGGACACCCCAGGCCGUUGCUUCCAGAAGCAGACCAUUGACCAUCUGCAGAUGGAGUUACAAUGCUGUGGCAACAACAACUUCAGGGACUGGUUCGAGGUGCAGUGGAUCAACAACCGCUACUUAGACUUCACCUGCAAGGAAGUGAAAGAUCGUGUGCGGAGCAAUGUGGACGGCCGCUACCUGAUGGACGGCGUCCCCUUCAGCUGCUGCAACCCGGCGUCUCCGCGGCCCUGCAUCCAGGAGCACAUCCUGGACAACACGGCGCACCACAACUACGACUACCAGAGCGAGGAGCUCAACCUCUACAAGCGGGGCUGCCGCGAGGCCCUUGUCAGCUACUACAUCGGCCUCAUGAACACCAUCGGCCCUGGUGUCCUCUCCGUAUUCAUGGUUCAGAUGUCCAUGCUGGCGAGUCUGCGGUACCUGCAGACGGCCAUGGUUGGGGUGGAGGCGGAGGACAUGGAGGUGGAGACCGAGGGCUACAUCCUGGAGAAGGGGCUGAAGGAGACGCUGGAGGAGGCCAAGGAGAACCUGAAGAUGCUCCUGCACCUUAACAAAGGCCAGGUGGAGGACGAGUCCGCGGAGACGGAAGGAGACGCAGAGGCAGGGGCCUCCGAGUAG